CCCUACAAGCAGACCUGACCAGAACGAAAACAGACAUUAAAGGGGUUGAAAAUGUUGGAAGAGGUUGCAAACAUUUGGGCCGUCGGGCUGCAUUCGCUUUUCGAUGUCAGCGUAUUUAAGCCGAUGGUUCCAAAUCUCUGGGACAAAAAGGCUUUCGGUAUGCAACAAAUGACCGACACGAAAGUGAAAAAAGCCGACGUGCUCCUCGGUUACUUGAUUCUUUUGUGGGUGAUCCUGUACCUCAUGUAUGAAAAGUGCCUUAACUCACUACUACGCCGUAUGCGCAUACCAUUGAUGCAACGGAGUAGAGUAAUCGAGGCUGUGUGGAAUUGUGGAUUUUGCUUUGGUAGCGUGUGUUAUCUAAAAUCAUCCACGAUCACAACUCUAAAUAUCUUCUCCGACGAGCGGAAAGUAACACACGAAGAAUUAGGGGUGAUUCUACACAGAAGCUUUUACUUUCAUCGAGCAGGAAUCGAGAUUUUCUGUAACGGAGCUUGGAUCAAAGGCUGGACAAAUCUGCUGUUUGCCUCGUUCGUCAUGAAUCCUUACGAGGAAAAGUGGUGUACGAUCGUGAGCACUUUCCUGUUUUAUAAGGCAGUCGAUAGCAUUAUCGUAAACGUGUGUAGAAUUUUAUUAUGUCUGCCUCAACCCGGUGGAAAGAAGCUACCUAAAUUGUUCUUCUUCGUUCACUGUCUCGGCUGGAUAUACUUGUACGUACUAUUUGUACCAAAACUAAUGCUGUGGCCAGAGAGGACCAAGUAUACGCGAGUGGAACUUGGUUUAUGGAUGUGGUUCACGGUAGAAUGUAUAGAUUCGGUAUGGUUCCGACUGAUCGGAUGCGCAAGAGCUGUACAUUGGCUCGAAAUUUGUUUAUUUCCGCCUCCGACGCGAGAAGCGAUCGAACUCGCAGGAAUCCAAAAGAGGCAUCGAGAAUCUUUGAGAAAAACUGUUCAUAGAUCGAAGAGGGCAGAACUGUGGCAGACUAUGCUCUGUGCUGUAGCUAUUAAAAAGGAACUGAAAAGGAUUCGGCAGGCUAAACAAAACGAGCCCGAAUUAACGAUCGAUUCCGAUGAAACGAAAGCACCUGAAAUAGAAUCGACGGAUGAGAUCGGUAACGUACAAAAUGAUUAAUACGAUCAGUAUUACGAAAUUCCAGUUUCUCAGACAUGGGAGAAGAAAGACAAAAUAAUCUAAUAAUUUAUUUACGUACAAUACCUGCAACAUACUCGAACUACCGUUGAUCGAAUUCAGAGAUUUUCUUUUGAAUUUAAAUAACUCCACGAUAUUUUACAGCCAGGUACUUAAUGAUAUCGUAUCGCUUGUCGAGUUAGAUUUAAAAAAUCAGGCGAAAAAUAUUAAAAUAUUUAAAAAAUAUUAUACGGACACGUGCUUAAAAUCGUACCGGUCUUUUAAUAUAUAUAUAUAUAUAAAAAAAACAGUAUUUAAGAAUUUAAUAUAUCUACGCCCGUUUAGAGAAAAAAAAAAGAAUUGAACAAUUCGUACGCUUGUAAGAUAAAUAGCACGUGUAUGCUAUAGUAACGUUAGCGCGUGCUCAUAUCAAAGUGAUUAAUGAAAGAAUUAAUUUCGCAGUUUUGUCGCCGCAUUUGGUCAUUUAACUCGAAACGUCUAAUGACCUAUUUUAUCGUCUAUAUGAAUUUAUUGGUCGAACUGUUGCUCGAAAGGCGACCAUACGUUUUGUGAUAAUACAUAUAACUUGCAUGCGUGUAGUGUGCGUGUAGUUACAUAUCGAUGCUGCCUUGAUGUCAACGUGCAAUAACUAUCCGACUCGCAACGGCAAAUAAUAAUGUCUUAAUAGCAAGAAUUGCUCGUUUCGACUUCGAGUCGAAAUUAAUACUCGGUACCUGCGUGCUGUUACACAUUGGAAGCUAUUUCAAUCGGCACGUUAUGACUCUGAGAUUUUAUAAUUGUUAAAUAAUACGUCUGCUAAUUACGAGCACGGUAACAGCUGAAUUGAAACUACUUAACGUUUUACAAUAUAUAUAUAUAUAGGCUAAGCUUUAAACGCGAUGCAAACUUUUCUGCAUGCUCGUCGUAUCGUUGAUCCUGCGAUAACAGAUAAUCAUCGGAAUAAAAAAGGAUAUUGUUUAUUGUACGAUAAGUGCGGGAUAGGGAGUUUCGGACUGGUUAAUAUUAUUAAUUUAAUUAAUAUUAUUAUUAUAUUAUAUAUAAUAUUAUAUAUAUAUAUAUAUGUAAUAUAAUAUAAUAUAUAUAUAUAAUAUAUAUAAUAUUAUUAUAAUAAGAAGCGAACGGUAGUGGCUUCUCAGCGAGAACGGUGGGCGCAACGUUCGUAUCCUGCGAGAACAUCUGUGUACAGAAAAACGAAAAAGAGAACAAGUACACGAUUCAAGUGACACGCAAGUGUUCCUAGAUAUAUAAAGUUUUAUUUCCGAUCAUUCUGGACUGUGUCAAUAAAAUAUAGUACAUGUAUUUAGGCUGAAUUGUUCCACGAUGUUAUACAGUUUAAUGAAAAAUAUUAUAAACGAACGUUGUUCGAAUAAAAUUGUAUUCAAUACGCCGACAGCGUACACGCCUCGAUAAUAUAUCGCCGUAUUUCUAAAAAUUGUUAAAAUAUCAGUUUAGAAACUUAUACGUACGUAACACGUUGCAUUAUACAAAUGUAUAACGCGGUUUCCCGAUCAGACACAACAAUUAAUGUUAAAAUUACUGAAGCGAUCUUAACCAUUAUACGACAAUGUCUGAACGCAGAGAGAUUCCUUUAUCGCGAAUCUUUACGGCUGUUACAAUCGCAUCCUGUUUUUUUUUCUUUUUUGUUCUCCGUGAGACAAUAUCGACGAGUUAUUCGAAGACGAGCGUCCCGUGAAAAAUUCGAUCGUGUUUCCCUCGUUCUGUGAUCGAAGAAACACGAACCACCUAUAUAUAAUGUCUCCGACUUUGUAUGCCUCUACGAUGCUCUGUAAAUACGUCGAUGCUCGCUCUCUCUCUCUCUCUCUCUCUCUCUCUCCGAAACGUUCGAAAUACCGAAAUUGUUCUUUGUACUGUUUAAAAUACGAAAGUCCAACGAAACGGAUAGAUAAACAACGUCGGACGCCCGUCUCGAAAUAACUCGCGCAAAACGGUGCGCGUUUUAAGAAUCUGUAACAUUCGAGAAGCUGAACGGGUAAUGUCGAGACAAAGAGUGGACUUAUAAUAAUACUUAAACGAUUAUUAAACGUUGACGUCUAGAAAUCAUUCUCGUCGCAGUCCCGAGAAAGUUAGUCCGUCGAAACUAGUACAUUGUUUCGUAUGGUUUCUCGAUCGUGUUAACAAAAUCGUGUGUAAAAAGUAGUGAUGGUACAGAAUCGGAUCGAUGAUAAAAGUUUCUCGUUUAAUCAUAAUGUUCGAUCGAUUGUGCGCUACACAGAACCCGGUUAUUCGCUGCGAUGAUUACAAACUACGUUGUUUUAUUUUAUUUGUUUUUUUUUGUUUCUUAAUACAGCAAACGCUUCUUUCCCUGAAAUGCGUUGUGAAUCUGAGUGCUGAAUAAGGCCAUUUCAUGUGAAUGACGACCGUUAAAAGUUCAACACCAUUUACAAAAUCCCACCCUCUAUUGUACCAUUCGCUCUUCUCUCCUCGCUCUCUCUCUCUCUCUCGCUCUCUCUCUCUCGCUCUCUCUUUCACGCACGCUUUUUCUCUCUUUCGCUCGCUCGCUCGCAUACAGGCACACGCACUCGCUUUCUGUCUCUCCUGUGAACGAUAGACAAUUGUCCGAUUUACGUUAGGUUUUUAUAAUCGAGCUUACAGACACCGCUCGCAAAAUAUCUCGCUGCCAUAUUGUUUCAUCGUGUGUGUGUGUGUGUGUAACGGUUAUUUAUUAAUAUUUAAUAUAUGUGUAUCGUUUAAA